GACUGCCAACGAAGCUGUCCUACUAGCAGCAUAAAACAACGAAGCUGGCCAAUUGAAUUCCCAAAGAUCCACCAAGAUAAAGAAGAUGAUCCAGGAACUGUUGGGUGGAGCUAGCCUCAUAGCACCAGAAAGAAAACCCUCCAUUAAUGGAGGGGGUGCAGCAGGAGGAGGAGGAGGGGUUUUACUCCCGACUGCACCGUCUCCCUCUUCUCUUCCUUCUUCCGCAACUAAUAAUGUUACCCUCACAUCCACCACCACCACAACAACUACUACUACCACCACCACUACUCCCACAUCGGAAAACCAAAACCUCAGGUGCCCGCGGUGCGACUCAUCCAACACCAAGUUCUGCUACUACAACAACUACAACCUCACUCAGCCCCGCCACUUUUGCAAGACGUGCCGCCGCUACUGGACCAAAGGUGGCGCUCUCCGCAACGUUCCCAUCGGCGGUGGCUGCCGGAAAAACAAAAAUAUUGGCGUGGCCAACUCAGUGGCAAAGACAGCCUCAACCAAGAUGAAAGCCGUUGCAUCUGAGCUUGGAAAAUCACCAGGUUUCGGUGGCUUUGAAGUUGAACACGAGCUUCCACCACCGAGCCAAAUCCUUUGGGGUUCCCCCCAAAACACCCACCUGCUGGCUCUUCUGAGAGCUACUCAGAAUCAAAACCCUAACCCUAACCCUAGUCACAUGUCCAUCAAGGAAGAAGGGACCCUGAUAGGGCACAUGGUGAGCACUGAGCCCUUGGUUUCGAAUGCGUUGCUGAAUCACCGAACCUUAGGCUAUGAUGCGGUUGCGCAAGUUCCUUCGCUUGGGCUGUUUGGGAGAAGCAAUCAAGAUCAACAACAAAAUGGGGGGUUCCUACUUGGGGAACAUCACAACAGUGGAAUUCAAGAGCUUUACCAGAAGCUAAGGUCGUCAUCGGCUAAUAAUUAUUGCGGUGAUAACUCGUCACAAGUGUUUAUGGGGAACAUGGCUUCUAAUUAUUCCUCUUCUGUGUCCAACAACAUUAUGGAAACAACUUCGGUAGCUGGGGGUGAAUUCGGAUACUGGAACGGUCCAACCUUUUCGUGGUCUGAUCUUCCAACAACGAAUGGCGCUGGUGCAUAUCCGUAACAGAAAUAACUGUUUUUCUCUCUAUUUUGUUCACCGCUUAAAUUUUCUUUUCCUGUUAGACAGUAGCAUAGUGCUCCUAAUUAAUCACUUUGUAUCUUAAGAGUUUGGUUCUUUUGUGGUUAUUGCUUUGGUUUGGGUGGUAUAUGAAUAUGGAUCUAGCACUUUUUCAGUUCUUUUUUCUCACUAGCCUUUUUAUUUUUUGUUUUUGUGUAAGUUUGGUUGAUGGUGUGCUUGGCUAAGUUAUCUAUGGUUAUUUGGAGGACCAGAGUUGAAAACUGAAUGGAGAAUUUUUUAAUGGUUCA